ACGAAUAACCUCAAAAUAUUUCUUGUCUGUUUACAUUGUGGUUGCACGAGAGUGAAUAAAAUUUUAAACAAGAGAAAUUGCCACAAUGACUCUCGAAGAUUCAUGGGAGGUCGUGAAACAAGCGGCCGAGAAAAACAGGCACGAGCUGGUGCUGUCGGGCACAUCGGUGUCCGAACUGAUGAAACUAUCCGGCCUGGAUAAGAACUUGUUUAACCUCCACAAUUUAAAUUAUCUCAGUAUAACGCAUACGUGUCUUCAGGAGGUGCCGGACGAGAUCGAGAAGCUGGCGAAUCUUGCGACUUUGGUGCUGCACUCGAACGAGAUCGUCACGUUACCGUGCGCGAUAGCUAAACUGGCCAAGCUGAAGGUUCUCGAUUGCUCGAUGAACAAGUUGACCUCUCUCCCGAGGGAACUCGGUGAUCAUCCCCAUUUGAGCACGAUCAAUCUUGCCUCGAAUCUUCUACGAGAUGUACCGUCGCUAACUUUGUGCACGAAAUUGAGCAGCCUAGAGCUAUCGAACAAUCGCCUUGAGGCCUUUCCCGACGUUUGUCACACAGAACUCGUACAUUUGUUCGAGAUUUACGUUAAUGGCAAUCAAAUAACGGAAAUUCCAAUUACUGUAAGCCGACUGCAGGGAUUGAAGAUUUUAAAUAUAGCAGAUAACUUAAUUUCUGUUGUACCAAGUGAAUUAGCAGAUUGUACUAAACUGAAGGAGGUGUAUCUGAAAGGGAAUAAAUUGUCGGAUAGGAGGCUAACAAAAUUAAUUAAUCAGUGCUCCACGAAGCAAGUAUUGGAUUAUGUCAAAUCGCACUGCCCAAGAAGUGAAUUGUCCACGACAGAAAAUAAUACGUCAAAGAAAGGGAAGAGGAGCCAGAAAGUAUCCGAAGGUGAAAGUGUAGUCGACGGCUUGGCGCAUAAAUUAAAAAUCUUGAAAGUACUGGACGACACACCAGUGAUAAAAAUUACAGAACACGUGAAAAGUAUCAGGCCUUAUAUAGCUGCGUGUACUGUGAAAAAUAUAAACUUCACAGAGGAGAGUUUCAAAAAGUUUAUUCAGCUGCAGACAAGAUUACACGAUGGAAUAUGUGAGAAAAGGAAUGCAGCUACAAUAGCAACUCACGAUUUGAAACUCAUUGUACCUGGAGAUCUCACAUAUACGGCGAAGGUGCCCACAGAAUUUGAAAUAAAGCCUCUAAUGUACAACAAGAUGUACACAGGCGCGGAUCUAUUUCAGAAGUUGCAGAUGGAAGCUGAGACUUUACGUAAAGAGAAGAAACGAAAUGUGUAUUCUGGAAUACACAAGUAUCUAUAUCUGCUGGAAGGCAAACCUUUAUUCCCAUGUCUGUUGGACCAAUCGCAGCAAGUUAUUUCGUUUCCACCCAUCACAAACAGUGAUAUAACGAAAAUGACUGUAGCCACCCAAGAGAUGCUUGUGGAAGUAACUAGUGCUAUAUCACACACAAUUUGCAGGAAUGUGUUGGAUCAAUUUCUGAAGGAAUUGAUAGUCUCGGGUCUCACCGAUUCCGCAGAAUCGAAGGAUACGGAUAACAAGUGUAACAACUUGACGGUUCAACAAGUUAAAGUAGUCGACACCCAAGGAAAUCUAAAGUUGGUAUAUCCUUCAAGGGCAGAUUUGAAUCUUAGCGAACAGCUUGUCGUUAUAUUACGAGAAUAAGGAGAAUGUGGAGAGCAGUUGGAAUUUUGCUCAACCUGGAGAUGAGUUUAAAAUUUAAUAAAGUUUUUUUUUCGUAAAAAGAGAGGAAAAAGAAAAAGAGAGAAAUAUAGAUUCGUCAAAUAGAGAAGCUCCUUAUUUUUGAUUCGCUCGUAAUUCGAAAACUCGAUGUGAGAAUUAUUAAACCGGAGAGUAAUUAAUUUUUUUUCUAAUGUAUUCGUCGUGAGAGAUGUCGAGAUCGCGUGACGAAGCAUAACGAAGUAAUCGCGGAAGUGAGCCGAACGCGAUGGGCGCGUUCAGCUCGUUUUAUCGCGCCGAUUAGAGGCGUUCGGUGACAGGAUGCGGCGGUUAUCCGCAGAUUUGAAUGGUCGCGAAGGGACAUCGGCCGGCGCAGCGGUAGCUACCCAGCGGCGACGAUGGUGGCGCUACCGUCUCGCUGCCGAAUCGCGCCGUCUCGACGAGCGCCGGUGCUCUGGAUCCUCGUCUGUUUUUAUAAAUAUUGUACUUUGCUACGCGUGCCGCGUUCGCGUUCGAAACUCCCGACGUUCGUUGACCGACACCCUCCGCUGCGUCCCCGCGGGUCGUUCGCCGCGACGAUCGCCCUUCAUGGUGUCCCGGCGAUAAGAAGAAGGUGCUCCGACAGAGGUUGGCCAACUUUCCUCGAUAUGCGCGAGUGUUUGAAGUGAUAAUAUGGCGCCGAAAUUAUGACUGGUCACGUCGGGGGAGCGAGAAGUUUGAGGUUAGUACGUUCGUUUCCACCUUCUCGCCCGGAGUCACCCGCUGUGUCAUCGCGGUGUCGAAUUUCCUUUUCGUUCCGCCGUCAUUUCGCCUCGAGCCCUACAGUGGACACGCGGCCCGUUGAACGUAUCGCGCGCCCGGUCGCGCGCCUGCGAAACUAUCCGUCACGUUUUAUAAUUAACGUUGUUUUUAUGGGCAGGUGCCUCAAUUACGGUAUAGUCACGCGCGUCAUUGUCCCCGCGGUGACAUCGUCGCCAGGCUCCCCGUGCGGAACGAGCGCGAUAAUACGAAAUAUGUCGGCUAUUCUCUGCAACAUAUCCAACGUAUCCUACACGGUCCCUUAUCCUUUCCUUUACAUUAC